AUGGGCGCCUCCUCCUCCUCACCCCCGGGGAGCCCGGCAACCAGCCGACCUGCCUGCAGCCCCCUGCAGGAGGGCGGUGCAGAGCCCAGAGCCAGCUGGCAGCCACAUGCAAAACCCGGUCUGGACUCCAAGUCCGGAGCCCAGUGCUGGCUGCCUGGAAAGGCCCUGCAGGAACUGGCUGCCAAGUACCCCCCCGUGAGGCUGAUUCAGCUAGAUGCGGUGAGCUUGGCCAGCGUGAGAGCAGCAGUGAAGGAGGUGGAGUCCCAGCUGAACGGCAGGGGCCUGAACCUGCUCAUUAACAAUGCAGCAGUCAACUCCUAUGCCACGCUGCAGUCAGUGCAGCCGGAGGAGAUGAUCUCCGUGUUCACUACCAAUGUGGUUGGGCCAAUCCAGGUGGCCAAGGAGUUUCUGCCCCUCCUGAAGAGGGCAGCUGAGGAAGCCGGAAAGGAGGAGCUGAGCUGCAGCAAGGCAGCAAUUAUCAACAUGUCCACUAAAGUGGGCUCCAUCGAGCUGUGCUUCAACGUCCUGGAGAUCCCCAUGUACCCGUACCGUGCCAGCAAGGCUGCUCUGAAUAUGGUGACGAGGUGCCUGGCAGCAGAGCUCAAAGACGCUGGGAUCUUGUGCACUGCCAUCCAUCCCGGCUGGGUGAAAACCGACAUGGGGACAGAGAAGGCCCCUCUGACCGUGGAGUGCAGCGUGAAGGGCAUCCUGAGCGUGCUGGCAGGCCUUUCGCAGGCAACCACCGGGGUGUUCCUGGACUGGGAAGGGAAGAGCCUGCCCUGGUGAGGGGGCUCCUGGCCAGCAAGCUCCAGCAGGCCCAGUCCCCUGAACAGCUUCCCCGCCGUGUGCCACCUCCCGAGCUAAUGGUCUGUCUUCCCUAGCCGCGGGUAACCCCCGGCCCCAGCAUCCCCUGCUCCGCUCUGGUCACGCUCAACCUCUUGGCAAAGCUCUCUCUGCUCCCACCCCAUGACGCGCCACACGUCCUUAUGAAAUUUCUCCUUCUUCCCUGCCUCCGCUGUAGCCGCCAUUCUCCCCCCACCUGCUUGGUACCCAUUUCCUCUUGGAUUAAUUACCCUCAUUAACUGUUUGUAUCAGUGUAGUGCCCCCGAGCCCCAGUCCUGGCCCAGGGCCCAGCUCUGCUGGGUGCUGCACAGUCACUGAACAGAGAGACCAGGGCCGCCCAGAGGGGGGGG